UCGUUUGCGGAACGCUUUUGCGGUAAGGCGAGCACCGAGCGCGCGGUUCGAGCACCCCGAUUCCAUGUGUUUACAAUUCGUAUGAGCGGCUCGUGUAACCGGAAAAUGGAUUCGAAAUUCAAAAAUUUCACAUUGCAAGAAUGCGAGAAGACAAAUCUGACGACGCCAUUUUCGAUAAAUGACAUCUUGACGAAAGAAAACGAAACUAAAUGCGAAUUCGAGAAUGGUUUUCGCGCUGAGAGUUACGUGAGGGCCACGAAGCCUGCGUGCUAUACUAAAGAAGGGUUUUCUAUGAAGAAGGAAAUUGAUAAAGGCUUGAAGUACUAUGAUGACUGUCACGUCUUCAGAGAUUACACGGACGACGGAGCUUUGGACAUGACCAGGAAGAACCAAUACCCGGUCACAGAACUAUCAGAUGACUACGAUUCGCGUUCUUCAAACACCGGAUCUCCGUUGCGUAGGGCAAACUCAUCGCCCAGCUCAGACAUUGCCUAUAAGCCGUUCUCUAUGCACUACGAGAGAAAGUGCUCAACGCCUCCCCCUUCCGGGUACGGCAUGAACGAAUACACACAGAACGCGGGCCGUAAGAAGCGUUCAAGGGCCGCCUUCUCGCAUGGUCAAGUUUACGAGCUCGAGAGGCGGUUCAGCCAGCAGAGGUACUUGUCGGGGCCCGAACGCGCAGACCUGGCCGUCAGCCUCAAGCUAACAGAGACGCAGGUCAAAAUCUGGUUCCAGAACAGAAGGUACAAGACGAAGAGAAAGCAGCUGCAGAUGCAGGAGAACGGCAUGCUGGCGGCGGCAGCGGCAGCUGCUAAUCACGCCAGGAAAGUGGCCGUCAAAGUCUUGGUCAACAACAACGGCCAGCCAAGUCUACCGGAUCUCAAAUACCACGGGCCAAUGUUGGGCAAAACCUUGAACCCCUUAUUCGCGCCUCCGCUAUUAGAGGGAUCCCCGAUUUGGAAGCAUUUCGCGGGCAUGUACGGAGUCGACUUCGCCAAGAACCCGGAAUACAAAGCCCUUCUCCAGGAGUCGUACAAUCAGGCGGUACUACAGUCCUUGUAUGGGCCGCAUUUGGGUAUGAAUUACCCGAAUUUGCCGCUCUCGUACAUGUAUUACCCGGGACAUGCAGGGUUCGGGGUGCCCCCGUGCGAAGUCGAGAGGUCGCAGCCGGAUAGGACUGAGAGCGGUUGUGGAUCCGAGAAGGGGAAAGAGAAAGCCAUGGAAACUCAAUCCGCCGUUCAACUAAACGAGCACAGCAAUGAUAGCAUCGCCAGUAAUAUCGAAAUAGAAAAUUAAUAUCGAAAUAAUAACUGUUUGAGAACGGCUUACACUGUACUUCCAAAGAUAUUGAUGGAUGAUCGGAAGUUGAAUUAAAAAUGAAAUGUUUUUAAGUGUACCUAGACCUAGUUUAGUUAUUGUUAAUUGUGAAAUAAAAACCAAAGAGGUACCUCCCGGUAAGAAAUUUAUAUUGAAAUCCAAAACGGAACUCAACCAAAGAGAACAACCAAAAAUAUUGUUAGUUAUUAGAAAUUGUUAUAGAAAUUUGUUUAGUUGAUAUUGUAUGUUGUAAAUAUUUUUUUUAAUGUAAAUGUUAACAGUUAGAAACGCCGCAUCUAUGUAUAUAGUACAAAAAAUAUGCAGUAAGUUAACUUUGACGGUGCAAUAAAGUUUAUUCUAAAUUUU